GGUAGCAAGAACAAAGAAAGCAAAAACCGAUCUUAGAAACACUCUGGAGCGACUGUUAGAGCGAGAGGACUUCGUGCGCGCUAAGAAAAUGGUGGAAGACAAAACUGUGAGAGUUUACGCGACCACGAAGGAUAAAGAAAUCAAGAAACUUGAGUGCCUUAAGAGAAAGAGAGUCGCGGAACUGAGCUACGAGGCGGAAUGGGUGGAAAACACGACUGAAGCAGCGAUACCAGACUACCUGGAACGAACAUUGAUGCUUGGGCCGAACUACAACGUACCGAACCGAGGAAAUUUUCCAUACAUCGAGACAGUUGCCGAAAUCGACAGAGCAAUCAAGAACAAAGACAACGUUGAGGAAAUCCGAGCGGAGGUAGCAACUGCGAUGUCCAACUUCAUCAACUACAACAACCAACCCCGCCAUCACCAACAAGAAUGGAUCGCGAAAGAUGUAGGAAGAAGCAGAAAAUUUCUCAAAGAACAUCCGAACAUACUACUGACCAAGGCUGACAAGGGCAACAAGACAGUGAUAUUGUCGUCGGAGGAAUACGAAGAAAAAAUGGAGGGCAUGCUUCAAGAUGCCGAGACCUACGAGAAAAUUCGCUUCGACCCAACAGCAAGGAUCGCGAGAAAGAUCAAGUCGAUUUUGGAUGGAUGGAAAGAUAGACGGUACAUCGACAGCCGGACACACAGAAGGUUGAAUGUGUCCAACUGCCACCCCCCUCGUAUAUACGGACUACCUAAAAUCCACAAACAAGGUAGACCGUUGCGCCCGGUGGUAUCGACCAUUGGGUCCACAACAUACAAACUAGCCCAAUAUCUAUCGGACAUCCUUGGGAAAAUUGUUGGAAAAACUGAAGCUCAUGUCGUCAACAGCUUCACUUUCGCCUCCGAGGUAUCAGGGACACAGAUCAGUGAGGAUGAAACAAUGUUCUCGCUUGACGUCACAUCGCUGUAUACCAACGUGCCGGUAGACUACGCGUUAGAGUGCAUAGACCGACGAUGGGAAGAGAUAGAAGAUCACACACCAAUCGACAAGAGCAGCUUCGUCGCGGCGGUUAAGCUGGUGCUGGAAUCCACUUUCUUCGCAUACAGAGGAACAUUCUACAAACAGAACUUCGGCGUCCCGAUGGGCUCCCCACUUUCACCAGUCGUUGCAAACCUGGUUAUGGAGCGCCUAGAACAGGAAAGCAUGAGGAAGCUGGAGAACAAACAAAUAACGAUGAAAGUAUACCGACGCUACGUAGAUGAUUGCUUCUGUAUCGCCAAACACGAACACAUUGAAACAAUAGUAGAAACUUUCAAUGAAUUUCAUGAAAAAUUGCAAUUCACGGUUGAAAGGGAGGAGAACCGGAAACUCAAAUUUCUGGACAUGACACUGCACAAGCAGAAUGGAAAAAUCGUGAAAGUGUGGACGCCGAAACAAGCCAAUGGAAGGUAUUUGGACUUCAACUCGGAAAGCCCGUUCCAACAUAAGCGCAAUACGGCAAUAGCGCUAAUAGACAGAGCAAUCAAAUUAACGGAUGCAGAGGAAAGACACAACACGAUUAACAUAGUAAAACAAAUUCUCCGUAAGAACCACUACCCAACUUGGUUUGUUGCGAAAAUGCUAAAAUACAGAACAGAUCGACACUACAACAGCCUACAAGAAAGGGAGGAGAAAAAGGAGACAAAGUACGUGUCAACGCCGUAUAUCCCGGGUCUAAGCGAGAAGUUGUCAAAGCUUCUCAACAAACACGGCAUAAGUUUGGCAUACCAGACCCGAGACAAAAUAAAAAACACCGUCUUCAGCCGACUAAAGGAUCCCAUCCCGAAACAAAGAACGAAAAAUGUUGUGUAUGCCGUCCCUUGCGGCACAAAUGACGGAAAGGUCUACGUGGGACAAACCGGAAGAAUGCUCGAAACCAGAAUCAACGAACACAGGACGAACAUAAGGAAAAAGGAAGCCAAGACGGGAUUAACGCAACACCAUAUCGACGAAGGACACAAUUUCAAUUUCAACAAAACGGAGAUUUUGGAAAAAAUCGAAAACCAGGCGAGCAGAACGAUAGCAGAGGCCUUCCACAUCAAGCUGCUAGGCGAAGCACGAACAGUGAACAUGCAGCGCGAAUGUGGAGGGAUCGACUCGGCUUACAACGGCCUAGUGUGCAAACUUCGGAGCCGAACCACACGCACACACCAACAACAAACGAACGACCCCGAAAACGAUCAACACGAAGUAGCAGAACACAACACAUAGCAGCGAAAGGGGGGUUAGUAUUGCAACCACACUGGUGGUGAUCGAUUGAUGCAGUAAAUGUGGGUAUCAAAGAAAAUUGUGAAUGUAAGAAAUGUUUGUAAAAAUACUAAUGAAACCGCAAUAAAUUUUACAGAUCUGAUGAUGGCUGAAGUUGAGUAGGCCGAAACGUUAUGUAUAAUCGAGUUUUAGUGUGUGUUUUCACCGAAAAUAAUCAAUAAUCGUAAUAUAUUUCCGUAAUAUAACCUGAUAACAUGGACUUUAAAAGCAUUGAAAAAAGCGUUUUUGUCAUGAAAAACAGGCAAUUGAAAAAUCACUGUGAUUUCACCCAUUUCCCCCAAGAGAAAGCACAUUUUCGGUGCACUCGUACAGCUUAUGCAUUGUAUCACACGCAAUAUGUGAACACGUCAAAUGAAAGCCUAUUUAUCGUAGAAUCGAACAACCGAAUAAUAUUCCGCAUUAUUUGUCAUAAAAGUAUCAAAUUUUAGUAAUUUUUACUUGGAGACUGUUAUCUUAAGUUGAACCAUUUGUAAUCUAACUUUGAACUAGUAAACGGGGGCGAGCUUCUAGUGUUGGCCUGUAGAUUGCGCUAGUGGUUGCUUUGUUUACUCUUGGGGGAUGAAAAAUCCAAAUUUAGUUUCCAAAUUCCUAAAGAAUUUCGAACAUUCUGAGUUGAUAUUCCACUGCCUAAUGAAAUAUAGGUAUGAGAAUUAACAGAUUCAUGUGACUUUUCAUUGUUUAGCAUGGAAUUGGCUGUUUUGUGAGUUGCUCGAGCUGCUGCCGCCGGUAGUUCAAAUUAAGAUUAAAAUUGGUUCAAAUUAUGAUUACGAUGGUUCAAAUUAAGAUUAAAAUCAUUGUUGAUGAAAUAUCAAAUAUUUCAAUGAAAUUCGGUGCAAAUACCAACUUUUUACCAUUUAACAGAAAGCUUAUACCCGUGGCUUUCAUGUACAUACGAUUUUGCCGUAGUAAAUUGUUUCCAUGCGGGAGAAAAAAUCACUUAAAUUUGCACUGCUUCAGAAAGCCGCAAUUUGGUUCAAAUUUUGAUUACCUACCCUACAACCUCUUACAACCAAUCACAAUCAGCCACGAUCCAAAACAUCGUGAGUACCAGGCGACACACACCUCAAAAUCUAUCUAGUGAAGUUUGUAGUUCUAAUGUUUGAGCAAACAAGUUUUGCGUAGUUAAUUUUUUUUUUCAAAUAUAUAUCGGAAAUUUGUCUCUCAUGUGUGAAGACACAUUUGUUUUUUCUUUCAAACUGCAAAUACAAAAAACUGAAACCUUUCACAAAUUAACGAGCUAAUCGUAUAGAAUUGAUUUGUUUUAGCAUGCUCGUACGCGUGCCGCUGCCGUUAGUCGUCGCUGACUUACUGACCCUCCUCAAACCGUUGCAAACUCGCCGCACACAUAUCAAUGCAUAAAUAGAAUGACGCAAAAUAGCGCGAAGCUUCGGUUCAAACAUCAUUCACUCGCGCCGUUGGGCCACGUGUUUCCAAAACAGUGCUGCCAAACAAGUUUCUAUUACAUUAUUUGCAAAAUAAGAAAAUAAAAAAAACGGUAAAGCAUAAAAGAAUGCCGCAUCUCUUAUUUCCAGUAUAUUCUUACCCAAAUCGCUGUAUAUUUAUGCGAAAUAACUUGCUUACAUAAAAUGCAAAUACAUAUCUGGUGUUCUUGGUUUCGGACCAUUUUUUUUUCUCAAAACAAUACUCCUUUCUACACUAACGUUAUCUUUUCAUGUUACAUUCCCUUUAAAUUAAUUUAAUAAUGUUUUUUUUAACUGUUAAAAAACUUCACAACUUUUUUUAUUUCUUUUUAUCGCUCAGUCUAUUAGCCUUGAUCUGACUUAGCUUAAUACUGAUGUUGGCCUUGGGCUGAACCCGGCUCAACUCCACAAAGCAUGGCAAUGAGUUGAAACUCUACGCAAGCUUUUUUUUUUUAACUGUAUGGUCAUGAGCGAUACUCGAAUACUCGACACAAUACUUUCUUCCAAUUCAUAGUUCAAACUGCCUGCUAAUGAGCUAGCAUUCGUUUUCUGCACUGUUGCAUUGGCCAUGAGCUUCACUCGGCGCAAUGAAUAUGUUGGCCAUGGGCUUGACCCGACGCAACAUUUUAAAUGCUUGGCAAUGAGCUGAAACUCUACGCAAGCAUGAAUUUCUCUGUUUUCACUGUAUUGGCCAUGAGCUAUACUCGACGCAAUACAUAUGUUGGCCAUGGGCUUUACCCGACGCAACAUUCAAAAUACUUGGCAAUGAGCUAAACUCUGCGCAAGCAAUUCUCUCCACUAAGUAGGAAAAUAUAUAUUUCUGGCAACAAUUCCACAUGAAGAACUCACCCAUCUUACCAUCUCACCCUCUGCCAAGCUGAUACUUUUCGGCACCAUUCUCGGAACUCACUUCAACCACAACAAAAAUUCUCUCAUUUUAUAAUUUCAACUUUUUUUAUGUUUUCGCACCAUAAAACUAUUGAAAAUAUCAUGGCAGGAUCGCCAAUGUGGUAUUCUAACUCUUCAAUAUUAACUAGCCUUAUAUCAUCGAGAUCAAUUACUAGAAAACACACUUCUUUUCACAGCCCGUGUGCUCUGGCCUCUCGUCUCUUCGGUCCUCGACCCACAACUGUCUUCGGCCUCUCGGGCACUCUUCUCAGGAUGCCACACUUUGAAGGAAAGUAACAACAUACGCAGCAAUUCAUUGAAAAAGUAAUGGGAUGCAUAUUAAAAAUAGACCAAUUUACUGAAAAAUCAUAAUAUUAAUGAAAAUUUUUCUUUUGUAAAUAAUUUCAAGUUGAGUCAAACGUUUUUCAGAGCUCAUUAUGUAAGUCAUAAAUGAACAAAAUUUUAUUGCAAUCGGUUCAUUGAAUCCGGAGAUAUUACAGCUCAAAGUUGGCUAUCGGAUAAUUCUACCUUUUUCUAAAAUGCUUAUAACUUCGUGCAGUAUAGCCCGAUCUUUUCCAAUUUUUUUCCUUUGAUACACAACUAGUUGAUUAACUUACAGUGUAAAUUUGAGAAUAUUUGAUGCACUUUUCGAAAAGUUACAGCUAAUUGGACAUUUUUUGAAAAAUGAAAAUUUUACCUAUCCCGAUCAUUUUGUCUAUCCCCUGUAUCUUAUAUACAAUGACCCCACAAUUUAUGGUUUUGCAAUGACCAUCAUGUAGCGCUUUUUUGAUUAAUUUGCUGAUUCAGAAAUAGUCGGGUACUAAUAUACUUGAUUAACAGCGUUUGCCGAACUGAUAUUCUUGAUUUGAGUUCGAUUGACGAUGACUUACUCCAACUUAGGUUGGACGAAGCAAAUGCUUUUAAAGAAUUUUGACUAUUUGAAUAAGAGUAUAUUGCUUUGCCUAUUAGGUACCUCUGCUGAUGGCACUUCACGUAUGCCAAGAUUUCAGUCUGAAAGCGAUGCAGUGUCUACCAAAUGAGUAAAAAUUAUGUAAAGUAAUGUUCCAAUUUUAUCACGCCCUCCGCGCGUCAGUCCUUAUUUUUUCAUUCAUUUGCUGUUCUAUUUGAGGGCAAGUGUUUUCCCUCUUCUUCUGAAUGUUGAAGGCGCGAUUAGGUACAUUAAACAGUAGUCUUGGCUCACGAACUACCCCGAAUUUUCUUUAACAGUUGCUACUCCAGGGAGUUUCUUAAGAGAUUUCUACAUUUAUUCUUCUCCCUGAAUUACAAAAAAAAAAUAAAACUCCAUGCUCAGGGUGACGGAUUCGAUUCUCAGUCUUCCUUGAUUUUUUUUUUUGGUCACAGAGUAUCUUCGUGUCUUUCACGGGUGGAAGCUUGGGAGUCUUUCUCACACACACGGGAAAAAAAUCGUUGCCGGAUCCAUGACUAAAAUGUUAUGAAAUCAUAAAGCUUGUCGCUUCAUGAUAUUGUAACUACAAGUCAUGAUAUCGUGACGUAAACAACGAUUAUCAUGAAUAAUAAUAACUGAUUCCAUCAACAAAAGCCAUGGCCGUCAAAAGCGUUAUGAAAAAAAUAAGCUCGUUUUCUUAAAUUGAAUACCAUAAAGCAUAGUCAUGGUAGCAUGGCUCUGAGUCAUAAAACUAUGACGCUGAGUCAUCUCAUCCAGACGCUGAGUCGUAUAAACAUAACGCAGAGUCAUAAAAUCAUGAAUCACAACAAACGAAUUUGGGCACUGUAAGCGUUACGCAAACCCUCGCACAGAAUCACCUACGCCAUUUUUGUCACUUCUGUCAAGGCGCCUUUUGUGAGCGGCAGUGUUUUCCGGUGAGAUUUUUUUUUUGGUUUUCGAUAAAGUGUAUUGAAUUGUUCUUACUUAAAUAGUAGUAAACUAUAUAAUUAUUGAACUACAUUCCAGAAGUUGAAAGUGAAAAAACUCUAUAUUCCGGCACAAAACUCCGGCCAGCUUCAUCAGCAGCAGAACAAUCAAGCUCACAAAUCUUUUCUUUUCUAUGCAGACGGCGGGCGACAUGGAACAUAAAAUCAGCACGCGCUUGGAUUUCCUUAAGAAAAAAUUCGAGAACCUUAAUUUGCAGCCGCAAAUUGUUUCGGUUGGGGCAUCGCGGGGAGAAGGAGCAGUGCUCGUUAUUUUCGGGGGAGCGGAGUACAAGGCAGACCACAUCCUCCAUGCCAUUUGCAUUUGCAUGCAAGUGAUAUAUGUUUUGAAUCUCCAGUAUGCACCAGACUGCAAGCCCCUCUGGAUGUUCUUGCAGGCUCAUCUGUUCAAAAUCCCAGCGGUAGAUCUACCCAAAAGCACCCGCGAUUUACUGCGGGCUAUUGAGUAGGUUGAAGGCACAAUGAUGAAUAAAUAUUGACAAAUACCAGAAUCAUAAAAAUUACUUCAAUAUUCAGGAACCUUGUUCAUGAUUUCAGAGUGCGUGCUUCACGAUAACAUGACCUUAAAUGCCACUUUGCACCAAUUAAUCCGAUAGUAUAAAUUACAAAUACUAGAAUCAUGCAUACUGCUUUUGUUUUUAUAACAUUAGGUAAUAAAUUUAGAACAUGCUUUAUGAUAACAUGACCAGUACUACCAUUUUUCGCAAAUCGAUCCAGUACCAUAAAUGACAAAUACUUGCACCAUGAGCAAUGCUCAAGCUUUCAUAAAUUUAGUUCAUAGUUUGAGUACGUACUUCAUGAUAAUAUGAACCGACUUACCAAAUGUCACUAAUAAAACUGGAACCAUAAAUGACAACUACUAGUUCUAUGAAUACCGCUUCUGGUUUUAUGAAUCUAGUUAAUAGUUCUGGUAUUCAUGGGCAUGAUAUCAUGACUUAACUUACAAAUUUUUGUCAAUAAAUAUUAAAAACGUAACGCCAAGGUGACGUUACGGCAACAUGAGUCAUGAAAUUAUGACCUUUUUUUCUGGUGUAUAUUUAUAACAUGAAAACACACAUUUUACGCGAAAUCAUGACUCAUUUAGCAGGUUCCAAGCAGCGGAUUUUUUCCCGUGCACCCGUGUGGAUUACCACCUUUGGCGCUUCCUUCGGGGAGUGACCGGGCUUCAGGUCUCUAGACAGCUCAAGAGGAGGAUGCCCAGGAUGUGGAGGGGGUUCAACAGUGGGCUCUGUUGGAUUCCCAUAAAACGCCACACAUCUGCAAGCAAAUCCGUACAACCGACUUGGUACCGCUUCCAAAGUGCCUUAGCCCAAACACCCGGAGUGCCAGCCGGCACAUUAGGAUCGAUGCCAGUAAGACCCUAACUAUAGCAAACUGGCAGCACAUGGACAUGGACACGAGCAAGGAAUACGUAUAUCCUACCAGACGCUACAAAGCCGACAACCGUGCUAUUCCACUACCCUAGUAAGAAUGGGUGACACCUAUCCGAAACGGGAGUGGGCUAAUGGUAUGGUUGCCCCCGUCCCGUUAAAACCUUGGCAGGCCUCCAAGUACGUUCCGAACUCGCCACCCUAGCCGGUGAAAGUAGGCUCAGUUGAACAUUCCUGACUAUUGCCGAUCUGGCUCUGAACACGGUUCCUCAUAAAAGGAUCCUCAUCACCAUGGGAUCACGACGGCAACUACUUACGACGGGCGAAGAUAGCGGCUUGGAGGGGGGACCCAACCAGAUGGAGAAGAACAAAAAUAACACCACAACGGAGGUAGCAGAUGAUAAGGAGGCGAGCGCAUUCCUAAGGAGUAGUAGGUUGACACGAUCGCCGGUAGAAUCUUUCAGUAUCGCGGCAACGGAUAACAGCAGGUGGGCAACAUGGACUCUUUGGACCAAAAGAGGUAACGAGUCAAAUGUCCAGCGGUAGCACUAUAGGAGGGCCCCCGGUGUCUAUACCGAGCAGCAGCACCACUCAAGAAGGUUUAUAACUUGCGACCCAGCCAACCACAUAUCGUAAAUCAUUGUGUGGAAAAAAUCGUAUAUUUUCAUAUAUUGAAUCAGAAUUGUAUAAUAGUAUGUAUAUUUGUUGACAAUGAAUGCGUAAAAUCGCAUUUCAUGACAAAUUAAAUUUCAAUUGCGAUUUUGUUUCAUAUAGUCGUCUCCGAUCAUAAAAAGUGCGAGAUACUAUCGGUAGGAUCGCACAAAAUCGGAUAGAAUCGUGAAAAAAAUAUACAUUCUAAGUGUCAAGCUGCAAGUUCGCUAGCAUCGUAUAUAUGAUGUCGUUGAAUCGUGGAAAUCGUCGCUUCACAUCGUAUAUGAAUCUGCUAAAUCGAGCUUGCUACCUAAAGGUAUGAUGAAAAUCGGUGAAAUCGUAUACAACUAUAACAAUGUUGUAUAUUGAUCGUUUGCGUCACACUUGCGUCGUAUACGAAGUAAAUGAAAUCGUAGAAAUCGUAUAUUCAUUUUUACAGUCGCAUAUGAUUGUUACUGCACUUUUAAUAGUCGAAUCUUAAUCUUGAAAAUCGUAAAUGGUUUUGUUUACAUAUUUGUAUGAU